CAGGGGCCCAAAGCCUGUUUCCAUCGCGAGGGAAGGCCUCGGGUCGCGCUCGUCUCGUAAGCGUCCGGUCAGUUCGCGUUUUCCCGCGUUUCUUUCGCCUCGUCGCGUUAUUUUUCGUUCUCCUCCUUGAAAUCCGCGCGAGUGAUAUAUAUACACACACACGUAAUAUCGAGAUACGUAGCCCAGGUGGAACUUGUUGUAGCGAAAAGGAUCGAGGAGAGAUCGUUGUGUUUAUCAAGUAGUGGCAAGUGUCAUGGGGAUAUAGGAACGCCGGUGAGGAAUCGAGACGCAUGAGAGUCGAUACCGGGUGAUCGGUGAUCACGUGAGGGUCCAGCAGUUUCCGGCGAGGCGUAUCGAGAGAUGUCGACGGAGGAUGGUAUAGAUAAUCCGGCGUUCGCCAGCGAUGAUUGCGCGGCCGAGUCGCGGCUGAACGAUGAGCAGCAACAGGUGACCUUGGAUCACAAGUCGGAGGGCGGUCCCGUGGAGAACGGCCAUCAACGGGCCCAAUUCGUCUCCCAACAGUAUGUCGAGCCCGGAAAGACCAGUCCCGAUCCUCAUCACCAGAGGACCGAGACGAAGAUCGAGUUGCCCGAAACCAACGACAAGACCGUGGUCGAGCCGAAAAUGAACGGCGUCCAUGGAAAUGGAAACAACAACGAUGCCAGUUUCCUUAACAACAGCGCGACCAGCGUGCAGAUUAACGAUACCGGAAAGAAAGAGCAGAUCGAGGCAGUAAACUUGGAACUGGUCUCGAUGAGGCCUUACGCGGGCAACAAUCUCCAAACGAAGGGCCAGGAAGCUUGCGAGGUUCCAGCCGAUCCCUACGAGGAGUACUUCGUUCCAGUGAACGAGCAUCGAAAGUACAUCAGCAGGGGUCCCGAGGCCGAGGUUGAAACAACCGUGGCUGGAGUGCGUUUUGAUUUGGGCCCCGGCGUCGGCCGCGAGGGACUCAGCCUGAGAGACCCUGCCGCCGGACUGGUCGACUAUUCCCACUGGCUGACAGCCCUCAGGGGCGAGAAACUUUACGUAACGAAGGAUAAGAGAUCGAGGAGCUCGUAUUGGAGAAGAAUGGCCUGUUGGGGAUGUUGCUUGGCUGUCGUACUGAUAGCUGUCAUCAUCGCCAUUUUGGCGGCGACCGGAGUGAUCUUGACGCAAGAGACUUCCGAACCUCUGGACAAUCUUCAGCAGAAUUCGCGGCAAUUUGGUGACGUGAGAACGGCCGAAAGUCAAGAGUACAUGAAGAAUCCUCCGCCGAGUCCACCGCCCGCGACUUCGACGUUCCCAUCCUGGCCAACGACCGACGAGACUCUUUACAACACGGUCCCAAGCGCGUUGGACGGUGUGUUAAAAUUAGACGAGUUCCAAUGGGACAACGAUCUAAGCGAUCCGAAGUCGAGGGUGUACAGACAAGUGAGCACGGAGAUAGAAGAAUACUUGAGGAGCAUGUUGAGGCAGCCAAUGGAUAACGAAACGAUCGUCAAAGUGUAUGGCAUAAACAGGGACGGUGAAGUGAAGUUUAGGAUAAGUUAUCCACCGCGUUCCAUCCCAGAAGAAACGCAACAGAUGAUCGAGAAAACGUUGCAGAAAAGUGGCAACAUGAUUGGACAUUAUCAUUUGAACAGUUUAAAGGUGACCAAGUUGGUCGACGAAUGUCAGAGCGGGAGCUUUGGGUGUUCAGAAGGGUGCAAUUACGAUUACUCGAAAGGUCUGUUCGUUUGCUUCUGCAGAACUAGAAAGGUGUUAGCCAGUGAUGGAAAGAAUUGCGUUGAUGAGAAUGACUUGAGCAACGUGGAAAUGGAUGACGAGGUGCCGGAGACCAAUACGGAAAUGGUGCACGAUUACGUGCAGGGAAGAAGCAGAGGACCUGGAUCGGUGUUUGAACCGAGGAGACCCGACAAUUGGGAUCACUUGGACUUUAGCACGGAAACAACGCACAAUGGACACGCGCCACAAGACAACGAACACGAAUUUCACGUAUAUCCACAUUCUUCGGCGGAACCGGAACCCACGCAGACGGCCACGACGGAAGAGAAUCGCGUGUUCAAUGACGAAUCCGAUUCGAUGCAUUGGAUGCACGAUCAUUCGAACCACGAUCAUUCGAUGCAUGAUUAUUCGACGUAUGAACAUUCGAUGCACGAUCAUUCGAUGCACGAUCAUUCGAUGCAUGAUCAUUCGGAACAUGAACACUCGAUGCAUGAUCAUUCGGAACACGAUCACUCGACGUAUGAUUAUUCAAGCUUGUCGACUCCUGAACAGAAACCUGAAAUAGAAUCCAAUUCUAAAUCUUUUGCUGAACCUGAACCAUCUGCUGAGCCUGAGCCAUCCGCUGAACCUGAACCUUCUGUUGAACCUGAACCUUCUGCUGAACUUGAACCGUCUGCUAAACCUGAACCUUCUGCUGAGCCUGAACCGUCCUCUGAACCUGAACCGUCUGCUGAACCUGAACCUUCUGCUGAACCUGAGCCAUCCUCUGAACCUGAACCUUCUGCUGAACCUGAACCGUCUGCUGAGCCUGAGCCAUCCGCUGAACCUGAACCUUCGGCUGAACCUGAACCGUCUGUUGAGCCAAAACCAUCCGCUGAGCCUGAGCCAUCCACUGAACCUGAACCUUCUGCUGAGCCUGAGCCAUCCGCUGAACCUGAACCUUCAGCUGAGCCUGAACCGUCUGCUGAGCCAGAACCGUCUGUUGAGCCAGAACCAUCUGCUGAGCCUGAGCCGUCUGCUGAACCUGAACCUUCUUCUGAGCCUGAGCCAUCUGUUAAACCUGAACCUUCUGCUGAACCUGAGCCGUCUGCUGGACCUGAACCAUCUGCUGAACCUGAACCAUCUGCUGAGCCAGAACCGUCUGUUAAGCCUGAACCGUCUGCUGAGCCUGAACCGUCUGCUGAGCCUGAACCGUCUGCUGAGCCUGAACCAAAAUCUCCUAAUGAAUUAGAGUUCGAUCCAGAAUCUUCCACAAAAAUGAUUAAUACCGAGCUAGUCAGUUCCAUGGAACCACAAUCUACUGAAUUUAAUAAACCUGAACCUACUAGAGAAUCACAACCAUCUACCGAAGUAGAAGCUUCUGCUGAACCAAUUACUGAAGCAAAUCCUGUUAGUGAAUUAUCAACAAAAUUAACUGCAACCGAGCAUCCAGAACUACCUCUUCAAUUAGAUUUUACUAUUAGGCCUGAAAUAUCCGGAAAAGAAGAUUCUUCUACCGAACAUGAAUUAUUAUCAACCUUAUCACCCAUCGAACCAGAAUUAUUCAAUGAUGAAAAAUCUCGUGAAAACAUGCCUUCUAUUGUUGAGCAUUCUACCGAAAUACAAAACACUAUAGUGCCAAAAGAUUUUACCGAGAAAACAUUUACUGAUAAAACUGAAUCUUCUACCGAAUCUGUAAUUGUGAAUAAGGAAUCUUCUGAAUCGAUUAACGAAUCUUCCACAGAAUCACCUAUGAUUGAAAAAGAAACAGCAAAUACACUUAUACCUAAUGUUCCUACAAACAUGGAGUCAGAAUCUACAACGCCAAUGAUGCUUAGUGAAACUACGUUACCAAAUAACGAAAUGGCAAGCAAUGAUGAAUCUUUACCAGUGAUACCUCUGAUCUCUGAUAUCGAACAGACUAUGACGUCGAAUCAUUCGUUUUCUGAUGAUCAUUCCGAAUCAAGUGUCACAGUUGUAGGCACAACGAUGAUGGAAAACAACGAGGAAAAGGUAACAACUUCAAACCCUAUAGAAAUGGAUAAAAACGAGCAAAUCACCGAAACAACCAAUAUGCCACAAGAUGAAACAACUAUAUACACCACAAUGAGUAUAAACAAUGACGAAACGAUGAACUCCUCUUCAGAAUCUAGUUCCAUUUCGUCCAUUUCAUCCAGUGAUCCUCAAUCUUUAGUUCCUGAAAUAGAAUCCACCACUAAUUCUGAGAUAACCUCCCCUAACACAGUGACGGACACUAAAUCGGAAAGCACGACCGAAUCAAAUCCCGUUGCAGAAAGUAACAGCACAGAAAUGGAUAACGAAGAGUCUAAAUCUCAGAAUACAUUAGCACCGUCAAAUGAAUCCACUAUGGAAACUGAAUCACCUUCUCGUGAUUCGACGAAUGAGACCAACGUGAUUGAGCACAUGCCAACGACAGUCUUCCCCAAAUUGCCAAAGAAUUUCGGCCAUAACGUGGAACCUCUGAUAGAACCACUGGUGAACGACACGGAAGAGCACAUUAUGCUGAUACCAAAAACGGAGCACACCACGGAAGUGGUUCACGAUCCACACGCAAUUAUUCCGCAAUUGAUUCCCGAGCAAAGCGUCCAAUCCUUGUCGAAUGGAUCGUCGACAAACAGCCAAGAUUCGUCAAGAAGUAAAAUUCCAUCCUCCACAGAAGUUGUUGAGACGACUCUGCAUCGAUCCACUGUACGUCCAGACGAGAACGCUGUUUCUCCAAGCGACUCUGUUCGCUAUGAGGAGAAUUUGGACCAUUCGACCAAUCAUCCCCUGCAUCCAGCAAUGUUCCCUGAGAACACGGUCGAACACGCGACGGAGAAAUUUGACUCGGCUUAUGACAAGCACGCGGACGAUAUGUCCCCCUUCUUGCCGGAUGUCCAGAAGGAAAAGGAGGUGAAGAAGGCGCCUAGAUUGGACAAGGACGAGCAAGACGUGCCCAAUCCUUUCGAAGAUCACGUCGAAGAUGUGAUCACCGACAAACCUCCACCGGAAACUUCUCCCUCCACGGAACGGAACACGAAUGAAACCGAAUUAAAGGACUCUCUGAACGACAUCCACGACGUUGUGCGCGAUAACGCGAAGUCUGACGAGCGGAACGAGAUCGGUCGUGGAUUCAAAAGUGACGGGUUGGACGCUGUCGAAAGUAACGACACGGAAUCCGGGAUUCAAAACGGGCUAUUGCUCACUUACGAUGCUGAUAAGUCAGCCAGGAACGAGGAGCAUCGAGUUUCGAUCGAGAACGAGAGUGGAACAGCUUCUGAGGAAGACGAAGAGGCGUUGAAAGUGGUGCCGUUAGAAGAACAGUUCAAGGAGAUUGAAACUACUGUGAAAUACGAUUCGAGUAAAGAUAAAUCAGAAAUUACAGAAGCUGGCCCAGUUAUUGGGGAAGAAGAGAGAUCGAAAGAUAACGUUACGGUUCAAGCAUCCUCGGAAAAGCCAGAGGAGAAUGCCGUGGAGGAUCAGUAUAACGACAUUAACGAUGACAGUUUGAGCAAAGGGUAUCAGCAGGACGACACAGAAGUUCAAUCCAAGAGAAUUAAGGAUGGAUCUAACGAAUUAGUGAAUGGAAAAUCGUUCAACGCGGAUGAAUCUCGUGGAGUAAAUGAUACGACGAACGUGACGGCGAUGAACGACACGGAAGACGCGUUGGCCAUGAUUGGAAACAUUCCUGACAGGCAUCCAGAGGAUGCCAAGUUGACCACUCAGAUACCUGUGCUUCCGUUGGAAAUACAGCAAGAGAUGUCAACGACUGAGAAAGUGGAGAGCACCACUGUGACCGAGGAGAAUCCUCGAAAGGACAAUGGCACGGAACACGUGGAGGAUGGAACGACAGUUCAGGUACCAACUACUCACGUGAUGUCGAUGGAGACUAAAACUACUGCCCAGGUACCGAUAUUGCCGGAAGAAUUGCAGACUACCGAAAACGACGCGUUGCUAACCACCUCCACCAUGAGGUCAGACAUCGAAACGAAAACUGGCAAUUUGGAAAACGUGUCUUCUGAACGAAAGGAAACGCUUGAUACGAAUGACAAUGGAACUCGAGUGAUUAAUUCAGGAGGACAAAUGAAUAGUCAGAACGAUACUGUUAAUGAUUCGAUGGAAAAUAUGGGCAAUAAAAGUAACGCGUUACAGGGAAAUGUUGUUUCAACGUUGGAUAACACAAGUGAGGAAAAUUCGAGUGCGCCAACGACAACGAGUAUCGAGGAGAAUACGAAGGAGAAUGCGACGGAAAGCUCAACGCUCGAACCUUCUCCUUCGACAUCCAACAAUGAAACUGCGACGGAAUCGCAGAGAACGUCCGAGACUUCCUCUACCACGGAGAACGUUAAACCUGUGAUUGAAAUAUUAGACGAUGACACUGUACCGAUAAGAUUCGACUACAAGACCCAUUUUAUCAUGACCACGCCCAAGGCUAACUUAAAUAUGGGUGAUCUAACGGAGGAAGAUUUAAAAGUGAUCCCAUUAGAAAAGAAUUUAGACGUGAAGAAGAAAUCGACCGACAAAAAGGUCAUUGAUAAGUACAAGUACAAGAAAGAGAAAGAAUUGAAUUUGGAGGAGAACGAGGAUGAGAACGCGUUGACGGAUGUACCAGAACUGUCAUCUACAGAAACGCCGCAAACGGUGGGCGAGAUCAAAGAGGAGGCAAUCACUGCCACCACUGACAAAGAAGAAAAUUCUGUACCAAAAUUGAAAAUCAUCGAGACUACCAGUGGAUCGAAUCAAACGGAAGUUCGAAGCUCCAUGGCCAAUGAAAAUCUCGGUGGUAGAACCAGCAUAACGGUGCCAGACGCAGCGAAGAAGUAUCCCAGUUUCAUACCCGUUUCAGAGAAGAUCAUAGAGCCGGAAUUUGUUACGGAGCCUUUCGUACCUCUUCGAAACUUGCAUCAUUUCCAUCGAUCAGACGGAGUUGCGACGGAACAUCCGUCGGUAACGAACGAAUCGUCUAACGAAGGCCACACGACCAUGGAGCCGGUGACAACACUGGACAACGAAAAAAUAAACGAAACGGAAUCACCCUUCGUUCCUUCGAUCACUACGAUACCCGUUUCAUCGAUCCAAACCAAAUUACCGGAGACUGUAACCGUGGAAGCGACCAGCCACAUAGACGUUUCGUUCCUGAAUCUGCCUCCGAGCGCCGUGUUUUCCAAGUGUGCGGCCGGGCAAUUCCAAUGCGUGAACGGAACGUCCAGGGAUGGCGCGUAUUGCGUGAAACUGUCCGCCAAGUGCGACUCCGAGAACGAUUGCUCGGACGGAUCGGACGAGUUGAACUGCGAAGGUUGUCCAGGAAAUUUCAAAUGUGAUAGCGGGCAAUGCCUGAAACGAGACCUGGUGUGCAAUAAAAUCGUCGACUGCGAUGAUGGGAGCGACGAGAAGAACUGCGAGGAAUGGAAGUGUCAAUUCGACGAAUUCAGGUGUCCCAGCGGAAGAUGCAUUCCUGGCAUCUGGCAGUGCGACGGCCGGCCGGAUUGCGAGGAUCAUCGGGACGAGUACAAUUGCGCCGAAAGUUGUGGAAACGACGAAUAUCUCUGCCCGACCGAGAAAUGGUGUAUACCCUUGACGUGGCAUUGCAACGGGGUCGACGAAUGCGCGAACGGAGAGGACGAAAAUUUGUGCGAUUGCGGCCUCGAUCAAUUCAAGUGUCAAACAGGGGGAUGCGUGCCUGAAAACCAGGUAUGCGAUGGAAUAGAACACUGCCCCGAUCAUUCUGACGAGUGGGGCUGUUUGAGCGGGGCGAACGUGACUGCAGAGAAGAGGUUUGGAACGGAUGGACAGAAAGAGGAUAACGCGGGGAGCAUUGGUGGCCAAGAAUCGAGUAGUCCUUUACUGAAAGUAAGACAAUACAACGGCGAAUACCGUCUCGUUUGUUCCGAUGGAUGGAGCGAGGAAUUCAGUACCUCUUAUUGCCAAUCUCUAGGAUUCGCCGGGUCCGAGAGCACAGAGUUCCAAACGAGGGACAAAACUCAGAAGAUUUUCAGAUUAAAGGCGAAUCCCAAUCACCAUGCCCCGUUGGUCACGAAUUUGGAGCAAGUCGAAUUCUGCGUAUCUGACAAAGUCGUGCAAGUCACUUGCCAAGAAUUUUCUUGCGGAUCCGAUUAUGGAGAAGGACCAACAGCGAGAUUGGUCGGUGGAACUCCGGCCAGCGAAGGACAAUGGUCCAGCGUGGCUCUGUUGAAGGAACCUAAACUUGGCGCUGCUUGCACGGCCAGCAUAUUGGGCCCUAUGCACGUGCUUGCCAGUUAUUCCUGCAUCCACAGAUAUAAGCAGAGCAAUGGAUGGCAGCUUUUCACCGGUGAAAAUCUGCUUAAAGCACAUCCUGUAAGGAACAUCAUUCCUUAUCCUCAAGUGAAGUACAAUCAAUUCUUGUAUAACAAUGAUAUCGCAUUGGUGGAAUUAGAGAAGCCUUUAACUUUCUCGAGGAAUGUCAGCGCCAUCUGCCUUCCGAAACAUCCUAUACAGCAAUUCCAGCCGAGACAGAUAUGCGUGAUGGCUGGAUGGGGAUUUUCUGUGAACGGUGAGGUCGAUUUACAAAAGUACCUCAACUUCCUGCCAUUGCCAACGUACGAUAUUGAAGAAUGCAAUGCGACCACUCACUAUGCAGGAUUCAUCACGAAGGACAAUAUAUGCGCUGGAUUCACUGAUACGAAUAAAGGACCUUGCUACAACGACGAAGGAGCACCUCUAAUGUGUGAAUCUGGAGGAGGAUCGGUCAGAUGGGAAAUUCAGGGUCUAUUAAGUCAUCACAGCAGAUGUUCGAGAGGUCAUCCAGCAAUUUAUUCGAGCGUGGAACCUGCGUUAUCUUGGUUGCGAAAUUCCGUACCUGCUUUGCAAACGCAAAGCUAAAGCGCUAUAACGUGAUUUCGUUCUUUCCACGAGAAUACGCGAACAUUAGAUGAAUUUUUUCUUCUUUUUUUUUUUUUUUAAUUCGUACGAAUUGAUCAUAACAAUACAAUAAAUGAACGAACGAAUAAAUUAAAUGAGUCGAAAAGGAACUAUUGAGUGCACAAGUUCCUGAAAGUUGAAAUUUAUAAAACAAAAACAAUGUACUUAAUUUAUAUCCGUCUUUGUUUUUUACAAUAUGUUCCUAUUUAAAUGCGAAGAACGCGGAUUUGAUAGAUAGCAAUACGUAAUCGCGGCCAUAAUUCGUUCUGCAUCAGAAAAAUACGUCCUAAAUGUUAAAUGAUUUCUUUUUUUUUUUUUUUUUUUAAAUAUCUUUACGAUAAUUAAUAUUGUAAUAUUUUGUGGCAAAUUGUGCUCGCAGAAAAUGAAAAAAUGACGGAGAUAACAUAAUUGGCGAUACAAGAUAUUUACAAUUAAGAUUAUUUGUAAAUACUGUAUAAAGUGACUGUUUAAUAUGCUUAACAUUGUAAGAGACUUUUUUUUUACAUGUUUAGGAAAUUAGGUCUCUUAAGAAUGCUGUUUUACAAGUAUUCAAAUAUGUAAAACAAUUUAACACAUUCAUUUAUUCUGCUGAAUACCCAACAAGUUUCGUGUAACAACUGUAUCUAACAGAUUUAUGCUGACAUACACUUUCUAGUUUACUAUCUCAAAGAAAUAUUAGCAGAGGUGUAGUAUUACUGAUUAGUGUAAUGUCUGCAUGAAUUGUUUAUGUAAAUCCAGUUAUUAGAUAUUACAAAAAGUAGCAGCAAAAUGAAAAUAUUUAUUGGAAACAAGAGACCAUUGAAUAAAUAUAUUUGAUUAUUCGAUAAUAAAUAGUUUGUCUCAGAAAUCGUAAAAAGGGAUUUCUGAAAUGAACAAUAGAAUAGGAUAAAAAAUAGAUAGGAGAUAAAUGUAUAUAAUAUAUAAGUAUUUUAAUAAAAUACAUUGUUAUGAAGAAAUACAAUAAUAAAAUAUGUUUAUGUAUGCAUAGUCAUUGAUGAAUGCAUAAGUAUUUUUAUAUGCUAAGAUAAAAAAUAAAUGUAUUUUAAAUGAA